GGAAGAGGAGGAAAGGAAAUCCAAUCGCGUAACGCACGACUCGUCCCUCUCUCUCUUCCGUUACCUGGUGUCCGCCGAUGUACCAUCGACCGGAGAUGCCGACCAGGAAGCCGACGCCGCCAGUGUCAUCUUCCUUGGUCUUCGCCACUGUUUCCGUCCGCGCAUCGCCGAGGGAUAGAAGCAAGCGCCCGUUCUUUCGCUCGUCUCCGCCGACUAGGGCAGUGCCGUGACUCGCCGUCGACUCCAGGGGUUCCAGCGACAUCCUCCUCUUCUUCCUCCGUCGCGUGCAGCAGGCCGGCGAUACCAGGGAGGAGUUGCAGCGGCGAGUCUUUCCCAAUCCAAGGUUGAAUUCGUCAAAUUUCGAGGUGGCGCAUACGAUGGUUUUUCAAUGUCACUUCACGAUUUUCACUUCAUAACUACCGAGAUCAGUUUGACGGUUCAAUUCUUCGACAUAUUAUUGUCAGAGUUGUGAUUUUACGAAGGCCUCAUCAUAUUUGAAUUGAUAAUAGAGCCACACAUGCCAAAGAGAUUUGCCCGGCAAUUCGGCAUGAUGAUACAUAUUCCAAAUCUUUCAUUCCCUUAUGUUGAAGCGCUACAUCGGGCAGAUGAGCGUAAUACUUUGCGAGAUGCUUUUAUUCCGAUGUACAAUGAGUGGCAUAAUAAUCAGUUUAACCAUUUAGUGGAAGAUAAAAUGGAGCCACUUCCUCAAGACUAUGUAGGAGAGGGCUGUGUAGAGAACUACACGGAUUGGUUUUAUUAUUAUGGUCGUAGCGACAGGAUUGCAGAGUACGUCCCACCAAUUAUACCAACUCCCCCUCAUCAUACAAGAACAUGGAGGCAAGCAGCCUCGAAGCAGUUCCACACACGUACAUGCAGAGCACUUGUGCCAUGCAGAGGAGAUGAAUACUUUCGUCGGUGUCGGUAUGCAACAUAACCUUUUUGGGUCGCAAUUUGGCGACCCAAGUGAAAUGCUGGAUUGUAGCACCCUAAUUCGUCCAGUAGAGCACAAAUUAGAUCUUGUUAAGCAGGGCACACAUCACAUUUAAUUGAAACAAAACAAAGUCAUUAACUCCUUAUGCAUCAUCCAUUAUAUCAUUCCUCUGUUUUUAUGACAAAGUACACAAAUUUCAUUGAACGCUAAGCUGUUUACCUCAUGAAAAAUCAUUCUCGUACAAGAUCAAGUAAAUGUAAGUGUAGAAAACUCCAGACUUUGAAAAAUUAUUGCAUCAUUUCAUAAAAUUCUUGCUUGAUCUAGAGCAUAUAAGAACAUUAUCACCCGGCUUCAGAAAUUCCUUAGCAAGUGCAUAUCCAAUUCCUGAUAUGAUAACAAAUAAUUGCAAGGGCACAAG